CUACACUUCGCCCUUAUACUACGUAGGACGCGCAACGUCCUGUCCACUGUCAAAAUGCUGUGGGAGGUUCGCGACCAAACAUGCCGGGAAACCAUCGGGAAGUCGUAUGGACCCUCGCGUCAAGACCGAUUUGACCAGCCAAUCAAAGCCGGCAUAGAGCGGCUUCUUGCGGAACAAAUGAUUUUCCAACACUGCUUCAUCUAGAAUAGAACCCGGCAGUGUUGUACCUUUGUGGAAAUCAUCGAGGGGGUGAAAUCGAGACAUUGACGCUGGCCUUGAAACUGUAUAAAAGCAUGUGUAUUUUAUUUUUUUUGGGGUCAGAGCUACACUCUCCUUCCCUUCCUAUCUUUUUCCUUUUCGCUUUCGAGUUGUGCUCGGUCACAACUUCCUUCGUUUUUCACUUUCGUUCAGAUAUUCUUAUAGAUCACGAUCAGAGAUCAUGGUCAACGGUCUUUCCCUACCUUCAUUAGCCCUCUUGCCUUUGGUGUUUCUCUCGGCUUUUGCGGAAAAUGACUGGAAAACACCCUGCUUGAACGGUGUUUGUCAAUACUCCUUUACUGGAAGUAGCUCGGGUACUGUCAAAAUUUGGGGUUCUCCGGAUGCUAUUACUGAUAUCACCACCGCUGCUGGUUGGGAGAUUUUGGGCUGCUCAUCCGAUGCGUUGGCUCAGGAUAUUCGACUUGUGUGCCAAGGCGACGAGAACUCCGAGGAGUCCGGAUGUGCACAUCUUUAUCAGAACAUCGGAGCUGAGGGGAAGAUCGUCCGUCUUCCGGAGAACUGUGGAAAGAGCGCUUUCGCCCGGGUCUCUAAAGCAUGGGUUUCGGAGGAUCAGUCUAUUCCAGCGACGGUUGCGAAGCGUCUCGUCAGGAGAGAUGGUGCCCCGCCUGUUGUUAAGGCUUUGCGGUUGGACACUGAUUUCGCUGCAGCUGACACGUGGAAGAAAGUCGGACCUGUCAACAUCGCUAUUCAAGGAGCCAAUUUUGACGGCGCCGAUGUCAAAGGCGUGAUGCAAACCGCGGGACCUCAACGGCGUUCCCGUCUUUUUGGACGUGAUACUAACAACUUGUUUGGCAUUGGCAAAGUCGACUUCAACAAAACUGUCGAUCUUCCUCCGUUCAGCUUGACCAAGAACGCAAAUCUCCUGGAUGCUAAAGUUUCCUGUCCAAAGUUUGACGCUGGUAUCAAGGUCGAUAUUGAUAGCGAUGGUUCCGCGCAAGUUAGUAUUGGUGCUGUUGCCACCGGAACUAUUAUACCUCCCAAGGUGGAGAAAUUCCAGCUCUUUUCAGGUCUAGAUGCCAAUGUCAAUGGUACGCUGAGUAUGAAAGCCGAUGCAUCGGGAAUCCUCGACUCGGGACGUAUCAAGGUAUUCGAAGUCGGUGUUCCUGGACUUGAUAUUCCUGGUAUCUUCUCCAUCGGCCCUACUUUCACGAUCAAUGCUCAGGCUGUAGCUACACUUGAUCUCAACGUGGAUAUGACUGUCGGUUUUGUCUAUAACGUAAACAAAGCUACGCUCUUCUUCCCCGACAAGGAUAAUAAAGAGUCCGGUGGAGAUUUCGAGAUUGGUGACACCCCCUUGACUCUUUCCACAGAUGCAAAUGCUCAGAUCAACGGAAACGUUCAGGCCCAUCUCAUUCCUGGAAUUAAUUUAGGAAUCUCAGCUUUGAGCAUCGCUAAUGCCGAGGUUUUCCUUGAACUCGAUGCUAGUGCGACGUUGAGCCUAAACGCUGCUGCUUCAACGAAGAAAUCUCAAGGUACCAAUGCUACCACGACUGGUGGUGGAUGCGUUGAUAUGGGCGUUGGUCUCGAUGUCGCUGCGGGUGCAAGAGGAAACUUUUUCUCGAUCUUUAAUGAGCAAACUCAGGUGUCUUUGUUUAACAAACAGUUUGAGCUGUUCAAUAAAUGCUUCGGAGACCAGGGAAAUUCUACUGAAACUGCAAAAGGAGAAACAUCUGCGGAUGACAAGACCACCACAGAAGACGACACCACGGCAGAUGAUGAUACCACCACAGAGGAUGACACCACCGCGGGGGAUGAUACCACGGCAGACGAUGACACGACGGCAGAGAACAACACCACCACAGAUGAUGACACUGCCGCAGGAGAAACUACUGCGGAGGAUGAAGCCACCACAGGAGGGCAAAAGACCAAGGCAGAAGCAAAAGUCGCCGCUCCGGCUCGUCGUCGCUCGAGAAUCAUGGGCAGACAGGCAAAGAUUGAGAAAGCUUCAGUCAAGGCAGCCAAAACCAAGACCGAUUCUCCGAAAGAGAAACAAGGAAAUGCCACGUCCCAGGCUCUACAAUGCCUCAAAAGCAUCGCUAAGGCGACUCUGUUGACCUCGGGGACGAUCAGUAAAUCUGAAAUCAAAACCGUGUAGUUUCUACGUAUGAGAGCUGUAGCAGAGUGUUUCUCGUGGGUCGAUACAAAGGGUGUAUUCAGUACGUAGAGCGAAAUGAACUUGGCCACAGUUUAUUAUUCGUACGGAACGUUGGCGAAAUAUGAAAGUUGAACGUUGA